CAUAUUGGAACAGUACACGAAUCCUGCAAUGGUGACUGGAAUUUCCUACCCGAAGAGGUGUCUUUAGAUAAACAUGUUGAAGACGAUUCCGCAAAAGAUUUAAGGCUUCUUCUCAACUUGUCCAUAAUCCAAUUGUCUCCCUGUUAUUUAAGUACUCGUGUGAUGCAAGCGUAGUUCUAACACGUCUCUAUGAAGGCCAAUCAUCAUGUCGAACAUCACACUUUGAAUCAAGGGGAGAAUAUUACUGAGGUGAUUACAUCCGUGAGCUACUACAUAGGGGUGGGAGGAGGAGGAGGAGGUUGUACUCCGGUAUAAACAGUCCCCACACUGCAAUAGAUCGCUACCAGAAGAGAGGAAAGAUGAGUACGAGUGCCACGCAGAAGAGGAGCAGCAGCGGCACCUUUCUGGGCCUCGGCUGUGGCUGCAAGGACUCCAAAUCGGUGUCAGUGUCGGUGUCGUCGAGCUCCGUCGAUGCGAAAUCCGUGACACCGGCGCCAUUGACGCGGAGGGCCAGGGAGCUGUCGUCUGCGGACACCAUGACCUUGUCCUCCCCCUCCACCUUCUCCUACGGGGAGGAGGAGGUGAAGAUGGAGAGCUCCGCUAGCACGCCCAGCCUCUUCGGUCUCCUGCGCCAGCUGAACGAGCUGGAGCAGGACGUGACUUCGUGGGGACGGUGCACUCUCCCAUCCCCCGCUCAUAUCAAAGAAGGGGAGAAGAAGAGAUUGCAUCAGCGAAGCGGCAGUGAAGGAGGAGGGCGGAAAGUGGAGGAGAGCGUGGCGGUGGUGAAGGAGACGAAGGACCCACUGGGAGAGUUCCGGAGAUCAAUGCUUCAGAUGAUCAUCGAUAAGGAGAUCGUCGAUGGCGAGGAGCUACGGGAGCUGCUCCGCCGCUUUCUUGCUCUCAACUCACCACGCCACCAUGACACAAUUCUCCGAGCAUUCGCCGAGAUCUGGGAAGAAGUAUUCGCCGGCUACGAGACCACUCCCGACCUUCUUCACCACCGCAACCGUACCAGACUUCCCGUUCCUCGGCACUUGUAACAAGCACAAGAAUCUAUGUAUCUUAUCGCUAUUCUUCAUCUAUGUUCUUCAACGAAUUAAUUACACGAUGGUAAAUGCUAAGGUUCAUGUUCUAUCUUAGUUUUGUCA